UCCAUUCACCAACAUUCAGGUUCUGCGAUGUAAAGGAGAGAGGGCGAGAGAGAGAGAGAGAGAUCCCCGGGCAAGGUUGCUCCUGGCGUUGGUGUGAAGAUGGUGAGUCCUCCCGUGUGUCAGCCACGGCCAAUUCCACCGAGAAUCAGCGAGUUAAACGGCGAAGAGCAUGGACGGCUUGGGCCGCCGCUUGCCAGCUCUCUGAAUAAUGUCAGCGAGGGGCAGCUCUCCCAUCCUAAGGAGUGAAGCCGCCGUUCCGACCCCGGUGAAGGAAGGGAUCCGAAACCGCAUGAAAAUGGUCAUUGACCAGCUGGAAGUCAUCCUCCAGGAGCUGAAAGAAGUGGCCAAGGAGCUAAAGGAGGUGGUGAAGCAGAUCGACAAACUGACAUCUGAUUUUGAUUUCGAGCUGGAGCCGGAUGACUGGACUAUCGCGACCAUGAGCAGCACCUCCAGCAGUGACACUGUGAGAAACCACGACAAAUGUGGGACCUUGUCUGACUACGGGCAGCUGGGAUUCCUGACUCCGGACAUCCUGUCGGACAGCUGGGAGUUCUGCUCGUUCCUGGAGCUGCCGGGGGAGUCGAGCAAGGUGGAGGUGGGAGGAGGCGACAAGGAGGUUCCCCGCAACCCCUCAGAGCCAGACUACAGGAUGAUGAACGGUGGGUUAAUUCCAAACGGACCGGAGGGCUGUGCCCCCGACUCGUCCAGCGAGGAGACGAUUAGCAGUGCCCCCAGCCAUAAGACACUCCCGAGGACCACGGGCACCAGGGAGAGAGUGCGCUUCAGUGACAAAGUCCUCUAUCAUGCUUUGUGCUGCGAUGAUGAUGAUGAUCACGAUGAUGAUGACCACCAGGAGCAGCCAGCGAACACGGCCACAUCGAGUGCUACCACGACCACGGACGAUAGCCACGAGAGGGCCGGCGGUGUGGCACCUAAGGCAUCAUCUUCAUCGCCCACCCCCAAGCCACGUCACCACUGCCAGCAGCCCGCCGUGACAGCCAAAGGCAACCCCUCCACCAGGAAAAAAAUCAUGAGGAAUAACAGCACACAGACAGUGUCCCACAAAAGCACUCAGACACUCCUGUCAUAUGGGUGCUCUAAGACACAACAGAACUCAAAGAAAGAGGAGGCAAAGUAG